CCAAUGGCGGAUUGAGAUUCGGCAAAAUACUUUUUGAACUUCGGAUCAAACAGAAAGAAUUAUGUUUUCUUUAUAAGGAACUUUAAUAUUUUGUGAAACUUGUAUGUAACAGAACAUCAAAGCAAUAUACUCUUUCGACGUUACGGCUACAAUUAGAAACAGAAUCUGACAACAAACAUAGUGUAAUGCGGACGUGGACGUGUACGGGGCUGGUUCUAGCCAUCCUCGCCAAAUGGCUCACUGGUAGGGUGUUUGCCAGCAAUGAUUUUCUCGAACUGUGUGCUGACAACCAAGAAGCAUGUGCAAAUAUUCUUCGAGAUUUAGACAGUUCAAAAGACAAACGAUUUCUCAGGUUUGGAAGAGCCCUUUCAGAUGAUGGUUUCUUUCGUUUCGGAAAAGGUGGUGCAAACGAAAACGCUUUUCUUAGAAUAGGCAGAGGAGGCGACUUAUAUCCAGUUGAAGACAAACGAUUUUUAAGAUUCGGUCGUGGAAAUGCAAAUAGCUUAGAUGACUUGUUAGCUACUCUUACAUCUAGAAUAAGAAACUUUGAAAUUUCACAUAAUGUUAACCUACGAAGAAAACGUUCAGCAGACGAGCCAACUAGUCAAGAAAUAGUAUCAAAUGCAGCAGAAACACCAGAGAACACUGUUAACAAUGUAGAAAAACGAGAUGCCCCCGUCGAUGAAACUGAAAAGGCGGAUAAACGUUUUAUGAGAUUUGGAAGAGACCCAGAAAUGGCAGAAGACAAACGUUUCAUGAGAUUCGGAAGAGAUCCUGAAGAUAUGACAGAAGAAGAGAAACGCUUUAUGAGAUUUGGACGAAAUCCUGAUGAGAUGACCGACGAAGAAAAACGCUUUAUGAGAUUUGGCCGAAAUCCAGAUGAAAUGACCGACGAAGAAAAGCGCUUUAUGAGAAUUGGACGUAAUCCAGACGAAAUGACCGACGAAGAAAAACGAUUUAUGAGAUUUGGUCGAAAUCCAGAUGACAUGACCGACGAAGAGAAACGAUUUAUGAGGUUUGGCCGAAAUCCAGAUGACAUGACUGACGCAGAAAAAAGGUUUAUGAGAUUUGGACGAGAUUCGAGUGAUCUCACCGAUGAAGAAAAGAGAUUUAUGAGAUUUGGAAAGCGUUUUAUGCGAUUUGGUAGAGAUGGAGAGGGAGACGAUGAGGAAAUGGAUAAACGAUUUAUGCGCUUCGGUAAAAGGUUUAUGCGAUUCGGACGAGACAUGGGAGCUGAUAAGCGCUUCAUGAGAUUUGGACGUGACCCCCCGAAAAACACCAUGGAUGAAGAGAAACGUUUUAUGAGAUUCGGCCGAGGUGAUGAGGAUAUGGCACAGGAUGACAAGCGUUUCAUGAGAAUUGGCAAAUCUGUAGAUGGCGAAACAUCUGAUGAUGAAAUGGAUGCUGAGAAAAGAUUUAUGCGUUUCGGUAGAGAUCCAACAGCUGACAAACGAUUCAUGCGUUUCGGAAAACGAUUUAUGCGCUUCGGACGGGAUCAAGAGGCCGAUGAAUCUUCAACAGCUGACAAAAGGUUUAUGCGAUUCGGACGAGACAGUUUAGACACCGCUGACAAAAGAUUUAUGCGUUUUGGACGUAACUCACCUGACAAUACUGCUGACAAAAGAUUUAUGCGAUUUGGCAGAAACAUGGAAACAGCUGACAAAAGAUUUAUGCGUAUUGGAAAAUGACAGUAUUCUUAAAAAACUUUUAUAGUUAUUGCUAAAAUUCAUAUUUAUUUUUUCUGACAAGUUCUAGUAUAUUGUGGUUUACAUUCAUGAUAAGAUUUUAUUCAUGUUAUAACAUAUGAUAUGUGAAAGUAAAUGUUUAGGAACAGGACAAAAUAUUUCCUGCAUUAUGUAUCAUGUUAACAUUUAACAAUUUGUGAUAUUAAACAAUUCUUAGAAAUAUA